CCUCAAUUUCGAACGGACCCCGGCGCUGAGCCAAUCAGAGAGCGGGAUUGCAAAGGGUUAUAAAUGGAUACAUCAAAACAAGGAGAGUUUGUUCGCCUUCCUUCGGGGCUGGAGUUUGCCACGUCUGCGGACCUAAGGAAUGGGAGAAGGAUAGUGGAAUGCGGAGCAAGAUCAAGAUAUAGCAUUUUCUAGAUUUAUUAGAUAUGUGAAAAUGCUCUUGGGGCCAAAAGUUGCCUUCUAAAGUGUGUAAAAGGCAAAUUUUAAACAGGAAAGAACAAGAGUUAAAUGAUGGAGGGUGCCUUUUGGGCUCUGCUUGCCUUUGCUGUCCUGGCUUUGGGGACUGGAGCGCUGAUUCCUGAACCAGAAGUCAAACUCGAAGUGCUCCAGAAGCCCUUCAUCUGCAAGAGGAAGACCAAGCUGGGAGACAUGUUACUGGUGCACUAUGAAGGCUUCCUGGAGAAAGAUGGGUCCCUCUUUCAUUCCACCCACAAGCAUAACAACGGCCAACCUACAUGGUUUACUCUUGGUAUUAAAGAAGUCAUCCCAGGCUGGGAUAAAGGUUUGACUGAGAUGUGCAUAGGGGAAAAACGCAAGUUAGUAAUCCCUCCAUCUCUGGGUUAUGGAAAAGAAGGGAAAGGAAAAAUUCCACCAGAGAGCACCUUGAUCUUCAAUGUUGAUCUUUUAGAAAUUAGAAAUGGACCAAGGUCUCAUGAGUCCUUUCAAGAAAUGGAUCUUAAUGAUGACUGGAAGCUAUCCAAAGAUGAGGUAAAAGUGUAUUUGAAGAAAGAAUUUGAAAGACAUGGUGCACCAGUCAAUGACAGCCACCACGAUUUCUUGGUUAAUGACAUAUUUGAUAAAGAAGAUGAAGAUCAUGAUGGAUUUAUAUCUGCAAGGGAGUUUGUUUUUAAGCAUGAUGAGCUAUAAAGCCUGUUGAAGAAAUUCCCAGCGAAAGAAUAUAAUUGCCAACAAAACUUAAAACUUCUAAAACAGUAUUUUUUUUUUCUUUCAUGAUUUUGAAGUCGAUUAGAGACUUAGGCUGAAUUUUUUAUACAAUGUCAAUUUUUUAUACUAAAUGUGACCGUUUGUACACAAAAUGUAAGAGAAUACUAAGCAAGGCUUUUUAAUGACUCUUAAGUUAUGUAUUUUAAUUGUAAUAUUUAUUUUUGAAGAACGGGACAAAAAUUUUCCAGUGAAAGUUGUUGUUUAAUGUUACACUACAUCCCUCUGCUUUUGUUUGUACUUUAAUACUUAUCUGUUUGGUUCAGUAUUAGUCAUGUUGCAAGUUGCACCACCUGACAUCCACUUGGAAGUAGCAGCCAACACUGAAAGGACCAAGACAUUGACAUCUCCGGCCUAUCCCCUAUUCGGAUAUCAGCCAAUGCCUUAAAUCAAGAAAUAGUUUUCUAAGAUCUACAGAGAUACUCGCAGGAAUAUCUCAGCAAGCAAGAGUCCAUACGUGGCAGGCUAAAACCCAGAAUCUCAAUCAGUGGCUGACGCCAGAUGAGAGACUUACCUCCUGGGCAUACAGAAGGAAGGCGCUGAACAGACUGCGUUCUGGCACAACAAGAUGCAGAGCCAAUCUUAAGAAAUGGGGCUACAAAGUGGAGUCUACGACAUGCGAGUGUGGAGAAGAGCAAACCACCUAUUACAAUGCAAUCUAAGCCCUGCCACAUGCACAAUGAGCAACCUUCUUACAGCAACACCAGAGACAUUCCAAGUGGCCAGCUACUGGUCAAAGGACAUUUAGUAUAGUGCCAAGUUUUUUUAAACUUUGUUUGUGUUGUCAAAUACAUUACAACUUGUACCCUCAGUUCGCUUCUGACAUGAUAAAUAAAUACUAGUCAUUGGCAGUGA